AGUGAGUCCCAAACCACAUUCACAUUCAAGAAAUUCAGAUAAACCAUUUACCCAAAACGCUGUUACCUUUAUUACUAGUAUAUAUAUAUAUGUCUUCUUAAACUCAAAUUCUUUUCUUGGGUAGACUUAUAAUUCUCUGUUGACAAAAAAAUGGGUGCUUCUGAAUCAGUUCCACAAAAAUCAAUCCAUGAAUUCACUGUCAAGGAUGUCAAAAGGAAAGAUGUAGACUUAAGCAUCUACAAAGGAAAAAUGCUUCUUGUUGUUAAUGUUGCAUCCAAAUGUGGUUUCACAAGCACCAAUUAUACCCAAUUGACUCAACUCUACAACCAAUACAAAGAUAAAGGUUUUGAGAUCUUGGCCUUCCCUUGCAACCAAUUUUUGAAGCAAGAGCCUGGUACGAGCGAGGAUGCUCAAGAAUUUGCUUGCACAAGAUUUAAUGCAGAAUAUCCCAUUUUCCAAAAGGUGCGAGUUAAUGGUCCGAAUGCGGCACCAGUCUACAAAUUCCUUAAAGCAAGCAAAGGUGGUUUUUGCGGUUCCAGUAUUAAAUGGAAUUUCACCAAGUUUUUGGUUGAUAAAGAAGGGAAAGUUAUCCGGCGCUAUGGCUCAACCACUCCACCAUUAUCAAUCAAGGGAGAUAUUGAGAAGGCAUUAGGGGAGAACUAAGAAGGUUGUGUCUAGUAAAGAGGGCAGUAGAAGAAGCUUUUUGACGAAUUCUAUUUGCUAAUACUUGGUGUGCUCUCAAGUUCAUUCCUUUUUGUGAUGGUUUUGAGCCUUUGUUUGAAGGAUUCAUGUGCUGCAACCCCUAAUAUUGUACAUUGUGUAUAUUAGCUUGAAGUUUUAGCUAUUGCUCUAUCUAUUACACUUACAAUGUCCUCAAUAUCUUGUUGUAGGUAAGCUGAUAUUAACUAUUAGAGGUUUGGUUCGCAAAACAAGUUUUGUAUAUGGAUUUUAAUGCAAAAUUAUAAUGUAGUCGUAAUAAUUCGUGGAUUA